CCUCUCUUUACAUCUCUCUACAUUCUCUAGUUUAUUUAAUUUUUCAUAAUCCCAUGGAGCAAUGGCGAUUUUAUACAAAUUAGAGACACCACUUUGUCAAAUAUUAUUAUAUUAUCGGGUUGGAAUCAGUGGGUGAGGAAUGUAACGUUAAGAUUUUCUGUGAUAGAUUCUGACACCAUAGUGUUCUUCUAACAAGGAAGUGAGAACAAUAGCCAUCAAAAUGGAAUUAGCGGACAGAGCAGUUGGAUUUCUGUUAUCGUUUAUUAGCAUAUCGAUAUUUACUUACUAUACAUUCUGGGUUAUCAUCCUGCCAUUUGUAGAUGGUGAUCAUUUCGUACACAAGUAUUUCUUACCCCAAGAAUAUGCUAUACUAAUACCAGUUUCUGCUGGGGUGGCACUUCUUUGCUUCUUAUGUAUAUUUAUUGGAUUCGUGAUGCUCAAAUCGAAAAAGAAGAAGGCAUAAUUUUUGUUGACCGUUUGUUGCACAAUUUAUUUUGUUUAAACAACUAAUGUAUCUUUUAACAUUUCAUGCUAGGAAAUGGAAAUAUUACUUUGUAUGUGCUCGUGCA